UCUUUUCAACCAUCGAUCUACCAAUUCGGUAAAGGUACAAGCCUACAAGCCUACAAGUCAACACACACACACACACACAUCUACAUCUGCUUGGUUCGUUGGGCAGUCCUAUCAACAUACAUUCCCUUUUGUUUGAACUCCCAGAUCACACAUAUAUACCCUGUUAUAUCUCUUGCCUUCCCUAGGCAAUCCUCUAUUUUUCCUUCUAUUUUAUUCUCUCCCACUUUUCUACUCUUCCUCUUCCUCUCCCUUUUACCUCCAUGGGUGGUCGACGUCGCCGGGCGCAAUCCGAAAUCACCAGUUUUGAGUCUGAGGAGGUUAGUAGUAUUGAGUGGGAGAUUAUAAACAUGACUGACCAAGAAGAAGAUCUCAUCUGUAGAAUGUAUAGACUUGUUGGGGAGAGGUGGGAUUUAAUAGCGGGCAGGAUUCCAGGCAGAAAUGCGGAAGAAAUAGAGAGGUUUUGGAUAAUGAGACGCUGGGAAAAGCUCGCCGAUAGAAGAAAAUUGCAUAAGAAAGAGAAUUCCAAAAUCUUUGAUCAUUGAUUUUCAAUUAAUGCUACACAAAAGUUGUUUGUGUC